UCAAAGAGAGAGAGAGAGAGGGUUUCUCUGAGAGCGCAGAUAGACAGCAAUGGCGACUGCGGCGGCGCCGGCACCGGCGGCGAAGGAGGCGGACAAGAAGGUGCAGCUGAUGAAAGAGGUUAGGGCGCACGAGGUGGCGAUCGGUGAGCUCAACAACCUGCCUCCCUCCCGGGCCGUGUACCAGAAGACUGGCAACCUCUUCUUCGGCAAGAGCGUCAAGUCGGCGGUCGCGUCGGAGCAGAAGCAACUCGACGCGUCGAAAGCUCGGCUGCAGAAGCUGGAUCAGGCCUGAAAAAUCAUUGCUACCAUUGAACUUCUCAACAUGCUGCUGCAUGCCUGCAUCAAUCUUUGCCUACAGAUUUGAUUAUGAUUCCUGUGCUAGGAGGAUCUUGCUCUGAUGUAGUAAUUCUGGCCAGCUUUAUCUGGGAUCACACCACGUGACAAUGUAAAUUUUUGGUGUUGCUGACCAAACCAAGCUUGCUAGAGAGAAUAAUCAGAUAAAGUAGGGUGAUCUCUAUCGAUGUCAUAUUGCCAUCAGGCUUGUUGCUACCUUAUCAGAGCACAGUAAUCCUUUGAUGAAACUUG